AUGCCAGGCGCAAAAUAUGAACAGCUGUCCUUAAAAUCUGAUGCCGAUGAAGAUGUGUUUACAAGUAAACCGAAAGGAAAAUGGUCUGAUGUAUGCUUUCAAAAAGGCCUAUUAUCGUUAGGCUUGAUUUUAUUAUAUUUUUCGUUAUCUAUUGGACUUACAUUCUACCAGAGAUGGCUCCUGAAGGAUUUUCACUAUCCCUUAACUGUAGUGAUGUAUCACUUAAUAGUAAAGUGGAUGCUGUCAGUUUUGGUGCGGAUGAUUUUGUUUAUUAUUACUGGGACCCCUCAACUAAUGCUGUCUUUCAUGACAUGCUUGAGAUCAGUGGCACCUACAGGUCUUGCGAGUGGAAUAGAUGUUGGAUUUUCUAACUGGGGCCUUGAACUUGUUACUAUAUCUCUCUAUACUAUGACAAAAUCUACAACAAUUAUAUUUAUUCUUGGAUUCGCCAUUCUCUUAGGUCUUGAGAAAAAGUCGUGGUCGCUCGUUGGGAUAGUGUUGAUGAUAUCAGCUGGCCUAAUAAUGUUCACGUAUAAAGCAACUCAGUUCGACCUUCUUGGAUUUAACUUCUUACUGCUCGCUUCCUUCGCUGCCGGCCUUCGUUGGACAUUCGCACAACUACUAAUGCAAAAAUAUAAGCUGGGUCUACACAAUCCUGUGGACAUGGUGUUCCAUGUACAGCCUUGGAUGUUCCUCUCGCUUCUGCCUUUUACUGUUAUGUUUGAAGGUUUCAAGUGUGUUGAUUACAUGCUGAAACUCCCACCAGAAGAGUUAUUGCCGACAUUUCUUAAAGUGUCAGUCGGGGCGACAAUAGCAUUUGCUAUGGAAAUUAGCGAAUUUCUCGUUGUCACGUACACUUCUAGUCUUACCUUGUCCAUUGCGGGUAUAUUUAAGGAAAUGUGCAUUCUAGUCUUAGCCGUGGAGGUAAGUGGUGAUCAAUUGAGCCCCAUAAAUGUGGUAGGACUGGGCUUAUGCCUAUUAGGUAUUAUCGGGCACAUUAUACACAAGGUUUUAUUCAUAAAAUCUGUUACGGGGAAUGUUCGCGGCAUUGAUUUCAACGACAUGGGCGUUCGGGAACGUAAGAGAGUGCAGAAGCCUAAAGAAGAAAUCCACGAGCCCUUGCUAGAGGAUAACAACAAGUGGCAAGCAAGCGAAGACAGCGAUUUUGAUUCUAACGUCGUUCUUUUCGAAGUCUUGCAACGACGGGAUGGCCGA